AUGCAGCCGUCCAUUUCCAAGCCUGCACGCCAUCGUCGCCGAACGCGCCACAAUUUCCAUUCUUGUUCCACCGCUAUUCCUGUCCAAAGCGAUAAUCCGAGCGAUGUGUACGAGAAGAUAGAUACUGAUGAACAUGUCAACGAUCCAUCGUCAAUCAUACCAGCAAUCAAAAUAUUUCCACCAUUUCCACCAACUCUAGACGUUCAUCUACCGCCAUUACACGAUGUCUCUUCUUCUGCCUCAACACCUUUGCGUGCCGUCGGAUUUUCCGACACUAAAGCUAAAAGGUCAGGACUACACGCUAAAGACGCAGCAAAUCAGCGGACUAGUAGAUCAAAAGGAUUGGCUCGUCGACCGAGUGGGAGACGAUGGCGUGCACAUCCUUCGGAUUACGAUGAAGUAGUGGCACAGACCCAUUUGUACAAGCUUUCGGUCCCUCCUUCUCAUACAGGAAAGAGACGAGUAGCUGUGUAUUACACUUGUGAACAAAUCGCGCUUUUCAAAUUUCAAAAAUGGAUAAGUACGCGUGAACGUCGUGCUGAAGUCAUAGAGACGAAGGAAAUUGAAAACUCGACAAAGACAGCGCGAAGUAGUAAUGACCUAGCUUGCUGGAAGAGUACAAUGUAUUUGGAGGUUCUGCACUUGAGUUACACUCCGGAUAACGCGAUUGAGACUAAUGUUGAUGCCCACGAUUCAUUAUCAAAAGCAGCUCUUCAGCAAAGACAUAUUCUCGUUUUUGAGACAGGUUGCUGUGUCUUUUGGGGAUUUAAUCGAGAACAAGAAGAUAGGCUUCUAAAGCUACUAACGCCGUUUUCUUCGAGUGAACUAAGCCAGAUUGAUGCACAAGUGAUGGAAUAUAGCUAUGGUGACCGAUCGAGUAUCGCAAAAGAUGCAAUUGUUUUAUGCACGAACAAUGUUGCUGAAAUGAUCGCGUUGUCGUUCGCGAUGGCCCAGUCGGCAACCCUCAGUGCGUUUGAGACUCGGGUGGGAUAUCGAAUUCGCUCGACAAAGAAUAUUCCUUCUAGUUUAUCGUCAGUGGGGUCGCUUCGAUAUUCUCACAACGACACGUCGAAACUGAUCGGACAAAUUUUUAUCGAGCUAGCUGACGUAAACAUUCACUCAAAUGUCCUUGACGAGCCAGAAUACUUUCUCAAAUUUCAAGACAAUAAUGGGUUUAAAUAUCUAUACGAGAAAAUGUUGAAGUAUCAGGAUGUGGCGAAUCGUGUGGUCAUUUUAAACAAGCGUCUUAGUAUCCUUCGUGACUUAUUUGGUGUCCUGAAUCAGCAGUUAACGCAUCACCAAGGCUCAAAACUCGAGUGGAUUAUCAUUUGGAUGCUUGUGUUUCAAGUCGUCAUUGCUAUCGGAUGGGAGAUCUUCCUCAAAGAUAUCGUAGGCUAUUUUCAUCAUGGAUAA